AUGCUCAAUUUAAAAAUUACAAAAUUUCCAUUGGCUCAAAUAGAAUCUGACGAAGAAAAUUGGGAUGAUAUCGAAAUUCCUUCUUCUGGUUUAAUAAUAACCGAUAAUACCUCCGAUGAUGACAAUAUUAAUAAUAUCGGUAAAAUAGCUACUAAUGAUAUGUCAGGUAUAACGAUAGUUGAUUCUGAUGAUGACGUUGACAAUAUAUUACAAUCUACUGUAGCUUUUGAUCAAAA